AUGCCUAGGAUAAUUGUAUCUAUUGGUGGCGGGCAUGUUACUGAGAUACACAAGACUGUUUUACAAAUCCAAAAAGCGCUAUUAGCGGCUUUUGUCAACACAGAUGUGGUGAUCGCUGACUUGGACAAGACCUUAAAAACUGGUGAAAGAACUUACACGAAUAAAGAUUACGAUUUUGAACAAGUACUUAGUCGCUUAACGGAUAGUGCGGGUUCGGACGUUUGGGAAGCCAUUCUCGUGUGUGGGAAAUAUGCACUUUUCGACCCCAAAAUCAAUGAGUUGGCACAGUUAAAAGUGUUUUUGGAUAGCGAUGGCGACCGUCGUUUGAUCGAUUUGAUUCAGCGCAAUGGGGCCAAGGACCCUGGGACGUUGGCAGAGCUCAUUCAGGAGUACAUGGGUGGGCUAAGACCAGAGAUGCACAAGUAUAUUGAGCCUACAAGGGCGCACGCUGAUCUUAUCAUGCCAAGCAGCACCGAUAGUGUGGGGUCCGCUAUUGUUGUUGAUAGUAUUGUAAAGAUUGUGCAAGAUAGCAAAGGCGGAAUCUCGCACACCACUAAGCUGUUCCCGCAUUUGGAUUUCCAAGCCGAGUCGCUGGAUAUUGAGAAGGAAAAGUAUUACGAUCUCAGCUGA